CCGCCCAGAUGUACAGCAUGAUGAUGGAGACCGACCUACACUCGCCCGGCGGCGCCCAGGCGCCCACGAACCUCUCGGGCCCGGCCGGGGCGGGCGGGGGCGGUGGUGGGGGCGGGGGCGGCGGUGGCGGCGGGGGCACCAAGGCCAACCAGGAUCGGGUUAAGCGGCCCAUGAACGCCUUCAUGGUGUGGUCCCGCGGACAGAGGCGCAAGAUGGCCCAGGAGAACCCCAAGAUGCACAACUCGGAGAUCAGCAAGCGCCUGGGGGCCGAAUGGAAGGUCAUGUCCGAAGCUGAGAAGCGGCCGUUCAUCGACGAGGCCAAGCGACUACGAGCGCUGCACAUGAAGGAGCACCCGGAUUACAAGUACCGGCCGCGCCGUAAGACCAAGACGUUGCUCAAGAAGGACAAGUACUCGCUGGCCGGUGGGCUGCUGGCGGCCGGCGCAGGUGGCGGUGGCGCAGCCGUGGCCAUGGGCGUGGGCGUGGGCGUCGGGGCGGCAGCGGUGGGCCAGCGCCUGGAGAGCCCGGGCGGCGCGGCUGGAGGCGGCUACGCGCACGUCAACGGCUGGGCCAACGGUGCCUACCCGGGCUCGGUAGCCGCAGCUGCUGCAGCCGCGGCCAUGAUGCAGGAGGCACAGCUAGCCUACGGGCAGCACCCAGGCGCGGGCGGCGCGCACCCUCACGCGCACCCGGCGCACCCGCACCCGCACCAUCCGCACGCGCAUCCUCACAACCCGCAGCCCAUGCACCGCUACGACAUGGGCGCACUGCAGUACAGCCCCAUCUCCAACUCUCAGGGCUACAUGAGCGCGUCGCCUUCGGGCUACGGUGGCAUCCCCUACGGCGCCGCAGCAGCCGCCGCCGCCGCUGCUGGCGGCGCGCACCAGAACUCGGCUGUGGCGGCCGCGGCGGCUGCAGCGGCGGCAUCGUCGGGUGCCCUCGGUGCCCUCGGCUCGCUGGUCAAGUCAGAGCCCAGCGGCAGCCCGCCGGCCCCUGCUCACUCGCGGGCGCCGUGCCCCGGGGACCUGCGCGAGAUGAUCAGCAUGUACCUGCCUGCAGGCGAGGGUGGAGACCCGGCGGCUGCAGCGGCUGCCGCGGCCCAAAGCCGACUGCACUCGCUGCCACAGCACUACCAGGGCGCGGGCGCGGGUGUCAACGGCACGGUGCCCCUGACGCAUAUCUAGCGCCUCGGGGACGCCGGGGACACUGCGGCUCGAGACCGCCGACCCGGCGACGAAGAGCGUGAGGCCUGCGCCGGAGCCUCCUGAGCUCGACUUUGUACAGACGACUCCAUGUUCCUGUAAAAAGACAGCUCUGGAGGUCGGAGCACCAGGUGACAUCUGCCCUCUCUCAUCUUUACCGGGACUCCGAGGCGCUGACACCAGACUGGCGUCUUAGACUGAACUUUGGUGUUUUCACGAGACCUUUUGUACAGUAUUUAUCGUCCACAGAGGAGGCACACAGCGUUUUCUCGGCUCGGGAGGACAAAAGACAAAACCCACCGAGGCGAUGCCAACUUUUCUAUGACUGCCGGCACUGUAACUUUCUCCCGGGUUUCCUUCCCGCCGGCUCUUCUGCCUGAGGCCGAGUGACGGACCUCGAGCUGUUCUCACUUGUUAUAAAUGUAGUAAGGCAGAUCCAAACAUUUACAAGUUUUUUGUAGUUGUUACCGCUCUUUUGGGUUGGUUGGUUCAUUUAUACCAAGAUCCCCUCUCAGACGGUGGAGAUAUAUUCUGGGUUUUGUAAAACUCUGUAUCCGAGCAUUUCCAUUUUUGUUUUGUUUUGUAUUAUUUCUUGUAAAUGCGUUGUGACAUUUUUAUUUUAGGCGCUGCGGUAAGGGGGGGAGGAGUCAGAUUAUGUACAUAGCCUGCAAGUCUUUCAUCUAAAAAAGAAAAACAAAAAGAUACCCCCCUUUCCAAAAUGCAUCAAAAUUUGAAUCAAUACGUCUAAGAGAGAAACGGCCGUUUCCCUAUGAAAUUGAAACGUGCUAAUUUUAUAUGCAUGAUUUAUGAGCUCAAAAUACAAUUAGCAAUCUGGUGACGGAGAAAUUAUCAAUAGGGCCCAAGAGUAAGGGAGCCCCACCGAGCGGAGGGCAGCGUUUCAAUGGCUUUAUUCAGUGGGAAAAGAGGAAGCUAAACUCCAGAGAUUAUUCUGUAGAGUUGAAGUUAACACAGAAGGGAAGUAACUACAAAGUACUUUCUAAUAGUUUUGCAGUUUAACUGCCUGGCCCUGGCAUUUUUUUUCUUUUUUCUUUUUGCAUUUCUUUGCUGUGGCUCUGCCCUUCCCCCUACUGUAGCAGUUUUUGAGGCAGCUUGGUCCUGGUUGGAAGGAGAAAGGACGGUGCUCAAUGAUGGGGCUGGUGGGACGAGGCCAAGGAUGGGGGACAACGAGCACCACAAAGACAGCGUGCCUUUGAUAUCUCCGUGAUUGGGAUUGUAAGUGAAAUUUUCUUCCAGUGGUUCAAGGAAGCAAUUCUGACCCAGAACGCACCGCCACUGUGUCCCUCACCCAGGUCCUACCCCAACACCUCCCCCUUCCUCUCUGGGAAAAUGCAACAAAUUUGCGGAUUUUCUUACAUACACACACACACACACACACACACACACACACACCGCCCCUCUCCUGUGUGAAAUGGGAUGCAGGUUGCUAGGGAAUGUAAACACAGAAUUCAGUGUUUUAUUAUUCCUGACCAGAUCUUGAGGUUGUUUGAUGCUUUAAAUAUUUUUAAUUAUAUUUUUUCUAGGUGUUUAUUGGUACAUUGCAGGGUUUUUUUUCCUGGAAUUUAAAGUUUUCUGUAAAACUUUGUCUUCAGGUAAUCUGACAGCAUUAAAUAUUGCAUUUAAAACUUAUACGCAGCAAAUAUGUUUUGAAAUUAAUCAUGACAUUAGGAUGAAAUUCUAUUUUUUGAAGGAAAUUUUCCUUAAGUCCAGGUGGAAAAUGAUACUAAUUCUUUCCCCUCAUUUUCCCGCUUAGUUUCUUUUCUUUUUUCUUUUUCUUCUUUCUUUUCUUUUUUUUUUUUGAAUGAGUAUGGACUAGCUAUUCUAAAGUGGACUUACUCUACCG